GGUGUCUGUUUUUGUUGUAAAAAAAAAAGAGGAGCAGAGCGACGCUGCAGCUGUAGGCCUGUAUCAGCAAACAGCGACAGAGAGGAGACGGCAAAGCCAUGGCCAACAUCGCAGUGCAGAGGAUCAAACGAGAGUUCAAAGAGGUCCUUAAAAGCGAAGAGACGAGCAAGAAUCAGAUAAAGGUCGAUCUUGUAGAUGAGAAUUUCACAGAACUCCGGGGAGAAAUCGCAGGACCCCCUGACACACCUUAUGAAGGUGGUAGAUAUCAGCUAGAAAUAAAAAUUCCAGAAACAUAUCCAUUUAAUCCUCCAAAGGUUCGAUUUAUCACUAAAAUAUGGCAUCCAAAUAUUAGCUCGGUCACUGGUGCAAUAUGCUUGGACAUUCUAAAAGAUCAAUGGGCAGCUGCAAUGACCCUCAGGACAGUGUUAUUAUCGUUACAAGCCUUGCUUGCGGCGGCAGAGCCAGACGAUCCACAAGACGCAGUGGUGGCGAACCAGUACAAGCAAAAUCCAGAAAUGUUUAAACAGACGGCACGACUCUGGGCGCACGUGUACGCUGGGGCGCCUGUCUCCAGUCCCGAAUACACCCGAAAAAUAGACAAACUGUGUGCAAUGGGCUUCGAUAAAAACGCAGUAAUAGUGGCCUUGUCUUCGAAAUCAUGGGAUGUGGAGAGUGCGACAGAGCUACUUCUGAGUAACUGAGCAAUUCAUGAAGGCUGCUCCUGUAGGCUUGCCCUUCCCCCCAUCCCUCCUUCGAACUGGCCCAUCUGCCCUCGUUUUUUCUUUUUUUUUUUUCUUUUAGUAUAACAUCUAGGUUCCCUUUUAAAAAGAACACGGCACUGUGUAAUUCCUGAUAAUGCUAACUAGCUGCAAGUUGAGACUGGAAAAAGACAAAACUUAAAAAAAACGCAAAUUGCUCUGUAAAUAAAGCUAUUAAAGUCUGUGUAAAUUAAAACCGGGGAAAUACUUUUAAUUUUUUUCUUACGUAAUAUUGUAAAGAAUCACUAUAAAUUUGAACUGUGGUUACGGUUGAGAUAACUAACCCUAUAGUUUUUUUUUAUAUGUAUGUAAAGACAAUGUGACCAAUACUUGUAAGAGUAUUUCUCAAUUUCCUUUUGCUUUCCAGAACUGCAAUGUACUGCUAUUUUUCAACAGGUAUGUAUUGAAUGUGUCAUAGAUUUACUCCUGUCUCUUCGCUGGUAGCUGAUCUCCACGGUGUUAUCACUGUGGAUCCUUAACUGUUAGUUCUGUAGCAGUAGCCUGUUUUGAAUUGACUCACAUAGCAAAUUGGUGGAAUAGCGCAGAUCAUGUGUUGAGGUCACAUAGACUGGAUCCUUGACCCAGGAGGUACUCUGCUCUGGGGUUUUAAUAUCGCCAAGGACCUCGAUAAAUGGUUUGUCAAAAACAAAAAGUCGUCUUACAUUGCACAAAGCCAAAUGUUGCACCACAUCAGGCUCUUGAUCUGUCUGCCAGUCGGAAGUUGUGGUCUAACCAGCACCUGAUUUUAAAACCUAUCCUGCUUUAUGUGGUAAAUCUUAUAUCUUCAUAUAAGUGAGGACGCCAGUAUGGUACUGUGUGCAGCCAUGUGGGUAUUAAACUACUCGAUCACGCGUCAGACUGACAGGGAGGGUACUCGGGACUCGUUGUUGAGAACACAACCCUGGAGUUGGACUUGUUUCACAACAUUCAGGGUAACUCAAAAAGAGUGACACACCAGAAGGUGCCAAUCGGUGAAAUAUCCUGCAAAAUCAUGCGGAAUCUGCGACUCCCAAGUUCUUGCGUUAAAGCUGCUUUGUUUCCCAGCAGCAUGCAUGGUACAAUGCAGGCAUGCAGUCAGGGGGAAAGGGGAACAUUUAAUUGAGCUACUAAUUUGUGGCAUCUACACAGCGCUUUUCAUCCCAAAUAGAAUGGGACCCACCUCAUCCAGCUCUGCAGAUCCCUGUUCCCUCCAGAAGUACAGAAUAUCCUGAGAUUCCUGGAGGGGUGAUGGGCUUACUAACCACUUUUUUCCCCCAAAUGCGUUGUAUUGGACUGGACAUUUACAGCUAAAUUGCCAGCUGUAAGGAAGCCACCGUUCCUUCACAGCCUAGUAGGACAGUAGGAAGAGCCAGACGACAGCUCUGCAGUUGUAGUUCACCCAUCCUACAGAUUGAUAUUUUUUAUGUUAAAUGAGAAAAUGUUAGUUGCGCUCACACUGUAAGUAUCCAGUGUGUAUUUUACAAGGUUAACUUUCAAUUUUAGCCAAGUCUAACCAGCUCUUCUGUUAUAAAACACUUCUCUCUCUCAAGAUUUAAUACAGAGACUAUCCCUGUUUUAGUUGUCUCCUUCCGCCACGUACUACGACACACUCAAGGACUUCAUAACCUUCAGUUGAUCCCAAUUAGCUCUAGUUGAGAAAUUGAAGUGGGGUUUGCUUAUCAGGUACAUGUUUGUCAUUUUGCUUGGUCUCAUCUCCUUUCUUUCUUGCACUCUGGGAGGGUUGUGAUGAUGCUGUUACUUCACCUGUAUAUACUUUAAGAUCUAAUGCACAGACAAUUGCUAUUGGCCACAGUUCUGCUAUUUCAGCAAAAAAAAAAAAAGAUUCCCUAUUUCUCUUGUACAUACAGCCACACACGUUUCAUAUUAAAAUGACAUUUCAUCUUAGAAUGCACUAUUGAUGGCUGCAGUUAUUUUUUUGUAAAAAAAAAAUGAAAAUGAUUUUUCUCUUGUUCCUGUUGUAUUUUGGUAUGAUCAAUAUUGCACGAAAAUGGUUGCUGUUUCACAGGUAUGAAGUUGACUCUUUUCCACUCUGCUUUUCAGUAAAGAAAAGAGCUGAAAAUGG